AUGGCAUUUGAUGCUAAUGGUUUGUACGCUUCAGCAAUGUCGGAUUUAGACAGUGAAUAUCCAAAAGCAGAAAAUGCUAGACCGUUUCUACCAGAAGAAGAAAAAAAUUUUGUAAAACUCUUCAAUGAAAAGAAAUUUAGGACAGCUAUUUUAACAGUGUGGUUUGACUAUCCCAAAAACAUGUUCUUCCAACCGAUACCAGCUAAAGAUAAUAUUACUUUCACGAAUAAAGAAGGAAAAAAGGAAACUGGGAGUAAAAUCAGGUUAAGAAAUGGUUUCUGUUCAGAUGUUUUAACAUCGGUCGAUAUUCAAGAAAUAGUUAAAGCCGGUGGGCGAAUUAUUAGAAUAUUAGAUGGUAUAGUAUACGAAGAAAAUUUUAAAACUCCACCAUAUAGAGAUUUUAUUUUAAUUUUAAGAGAUCUUAGAAAUAAAUAUAAACGAGAAGGUAAUACUGUAGGUAGUAAUUGCAUGAAAUUAUUAGGCAAUUCAUUGUAUGGUAAAUCUAUUCAGAAGGAUAGAAACACGAGAAAUCAUUUGUGGAAUGAAGUAACUUUUCAGGCUAACUUCGACUCACAUGUUAAAAACUAUGAAAAAAAGAAAAGAAAACGUUUAAGGGUUAUUCUAAUAAUAAGACAAGUGUAG